AUGAAGGCCAUGUAUCGCCUCUCCAUCCUUGCUCUUUUUGCAGCUUCGUCUAUUGCUGCACCAACUUCGGCUGCAUCCCCAUAUCCUGCAAUCAAGUCCGGUGAUGAUUAUUCCAACGAUCCAAGACCGCUCAAUUGGAUAAAACGUGAUGAUACUGAGCAGGUUGAGCCCCUAAAUUGGAUUAAGCGUGGGGAUGAUGACCAGGCCGAGCCACUUAAUUGGAUUAGACGUGAUAAACCCGAGGAUGCUGAGCCUCUAAACUGGAUCAAGCGCGAAGAUGAUGAGCAGGCAGAGCCCCUCAAUUGGAUUUGA